UUUUAUGUUAGCUUACUUAAAAAAAAAUUUAUUCAAUAAUUCAAUUAUGUAUCUAGUUAAACUCAAACUUAAAAAUUGAAAUUCCAUUCGGUUUGAAGCUUUGGCUCAACUCACCGAUUACACCAGCUUACCUAAAGUAAAGCCCUUAUUACAUCAAUACAUCUGUGUGUGCUUUUUCCGCUUCCUCUUCUUCUUUUGGCCCAUUUUUUUCUCUAAAAACCUCACCUACAGCUUACUCUGUUCCCUGACAUUUUCCCUUAAAAUUACACUGAAAAAGCUCACAUGUUUCCCAAACUUCAUCUAUUACUCAAGUUUCGAUUCCUUGUCUUCGCAUCGAACCGCCACUUUACACGAUCAAACUCUGUUUUUCGAAUUACCGCCACCUAUUCGACGAUAUGCCCAAACCAAGUUGAAAGCCCGAAUGAAGAAGCUAUAGAGCAUCCGAGAGACUCCACCGAGAUUUUCAAGCAAUGGGGUUGCUGUGAAAACGACUUGUUGACGAUCUUUUCACGCCAACCUUCUUUGCGCAACGCUCAAGCUACUCCCCUUUUAUCCAAACUCAACUUGCUGAGUAGCUUGGGACUCACCGGUUCCGACAUUGUCAAGAUGAUCAAUUGUCGUCCUCGUUUCUUUUGUUCUCGUAUCAAUAAUUGCUUCGACGAGCGGAUUGAGUUCCUCGUUAACCUGUUCGGUUCGCGAGAAAUGCUUCGUAAAGCACUUGUUAGGAACCCUUCACUCUUGACCUAUGAUUUUCACAAUACCAUGAAACCAGUCAUUGCAUUGUACGAAGAGAUUGGCAUUAGCGGACAUGAUUUGAUUGCUAUGCUCAUCUCACGUCCCACAUUAAUCCCAAGGACUUCUUUCAACGAGGAGAAGAUGGAAUACAUAAAGAAAACAGGGGUUUUAAAAGGUUCCAAAAUGUACAAGUACGUAGUUUCACUCAUCGGAAUAUCGCGGAUUGAGACUAUACGUGAAAAGGUGACUAACUUGGGGAAAUUUGGGUGUUCGGAGGAAGAGAUUUGGAGUCUGUUGGGACGUUCUCCUCUUAUUUUGACACUCUCGGUUGAUAAGGUUCAAAGGAAUAUGACAUUUGUUUUGGGAACCAUGAAGCUGUCUCCAAGAGUGGUGCUUGAGCACCCGUUUUUGUUGUUCAGCAACCUCGAAGCCGUAUUGAAACCGCGGAUAUCGUUGGCUCGGAAACUAAAGGAAAUGGAGCUUGAUCCGCAGAUUAAAGGAUCGAUCAUGUUGAGGGCAUUGAGGAUGACAGAAAAUCGAUUCUUGAAUGUGUUUAUUAAAUGCCAUCCACAAGAUGUGGCAAAUGAACUGUUGGAGUUCUAUAAACAUGCCAAAGGUCUCAAGCCAUUGGCCGAAUCAUCGAAAAAAAUACUGCGUAAAGGAUUUCCAUUUUGAACAUUUUCGUUUGUUUGUUUGGUGCUGUCUUCAUUUUCUUUUUGUUCAUUCAUGUCUAGGGAUAUUUCGAUUAAAUUUUCAGAUUUAUAACUUUUAUUCUCAAAGGGAUAAUGCGAGACUCUAUAUAAUAUGUUAUAUAUACUACAAGUCUCUGCAUAAAUUCUUCCCAAAGUUGUCGUCAUAAAGGAUUAGUAUUUAAAUUAUAUAAUAAAUUUAAUUUAAUGUGUGUAA